CUUUUAAGGGUCUACAAAGAAUUUUGUUUAAAACAUAUUACUAAUUUCAUUAGUUUUUGGAAAUUUUGUUAAUGUUAAUUGAUUAAAUUGGUACACUAAGUUGAUAAAAUACCAAAAAAACAAUGGUUACAUACAAGGAAUUUUCAAUUGAAUGGAAUAAUGUCAUGCAACUUAAAAUUAAAGAAUCAGAUCUGCGAAUACCCAAUGAAACAAUAUUAACCAAUAUUCUUCUUCAUUACCUUGAGCAGUUUGGGUUUGCCAUAAACUUACUAAGAGAGCGCCAAAGCAGUGAAAACCAUUCCGUUCGACAUAAUUUUAAAGUGAAUUUAUGUUCUUACAUAAAUCAUUUGUAUAAAUUGGGUAAUGAAACUUCACAACCAUUUACUUAUUUUGACCUAGUGAAUCCUACUCCUAAGAAAACUUACCAUGUAUUGAAAUAUCUUCUAAAUUAUUUGUUAUUUUUUAACAUGAUGAAAGUGGAUGUAAUUGACCCUACAAUAAAUAAAAUUAAUGAAUAUAAGGAAAUUUACAAUAAAAUUCAAACAAAGAAAUUAGAAGAAAAAAAUAAUGAACAGCUAAGAACAAAAUAUCAUAAAGAAAUCCCAAAAAUUAGUGACCAAAUAGAGCACUUAAUCUCAGUGCAAAAUAAGCAGAGCCGAACAAUUGAGCAGCUACAAACUAAACUUAAUGAAACAGAAUCUCGCUUAGCUAAUUUGAGAGAUCAAAAAUUACAUUUGUGUUCAAAAAUUGUAACGAAUGAGGAAGCUGAUUCGAUAGAACGGAAAAAAAUUGUCAUUGAGAAAGAAUUAGAAGAGCAAUCUGAAAUAGAGCACGCUGUCAUGGAUCGAAAUCGUCAAACGAAAAUUACCUUAAACAAACUAGAAGAAUUUCUUAAAUACGGUGAUAAUAUCAUGGAAGUUUACUCAUUGAAAGUUUUCGAAAAGCACUGUACAAUUGCAAAAAAGCAAACGGAUCUGUAUAGUAUGGAAAAUUUCCUCGAAAACAAAAAUGAUCAAGCAAAAAUGUUAAUUGAGCAAAACGUUAUACAAAUCAAUAAUAAGAAAGCGGCACUUCAGCAAGAAAUGGAAACUUUUAAAAACAUUGAAAUCCAAGCUUCAAAGAAAAUAAAGGAAUUAGAAGAAAAUAUUGAAAAAGAAGAGAAACAAAAUGAACUUAUUGAUUUCGAAUUGCAUAAGAUUGAGAAUGCAUUAAUUGCAGAACAAAAUAAUGAGAAUACAAUUGAAAAUGCUAAAAAAUUUUUAUUAGAACCUUUGAAGUCAAAAAGUAUGUUUGAUUUUAAUAUUUCCGAGGAUAAAAACACCUAACCUAAACUAAAUUGUAAAAACUUUUUUUCGUUAA